UUCCGGGCGUCGGAUUUUUCGAUAUGGGUGCUCUUUCGUGGUUGGUUCUACUCGUCACACAUCCUCUGGAGUUCCGCAUCCUUCUGCAGUACUGGCUCUGGCACGACCAGCGCGAUGUCUCACUCCCAGGCGAUCACGCAAACACAGGAUGGAACAGGGAGUCGAUGAAGAAAUGCUGGGGCUUCCUAGACGUCACCAGUCGUAGUUUCGCUGCGGUCAUCAAGCAGCUCGAGGGCGAGCUAGCACGCGUGGUGUGCUUGUACUACUUGGUUCUUCGUGGCUUGGACACCAUCGAAGACGACAUGUCACUCCCGGACGAAAAGAAGCAACCAUUGCUUCGCAACUUCCAUAACUAUACCCUGACAUCCGGCUGGACUUUCACCGAGAGUGGUCCUGACGAACCUGACCGCCAGCUGCUCGUUGAGUAUGGCAACGUCGUCGAAGAGCUUCGCAUGCUCAAGCCUGAUUACCUGGAUGUUAUCGUCGAGAUCACGAAGAAGAUGGAGGCGGGUAUGGCAGACUAUGCACACAAGGCCCAAACUACAGGGGAAGUCUACCUCGAGAAGAUCGAAGAGUACGAUCUCUACUGCCACUAUGUCGCUGGACUCGUCGGCGAGGGCCUGUCCGGUCUCUUUGCCGCAUCUGGCAGGGAGGGCUCGUUCAUGGCUGGCCAGCUCGAACUUUCCAACUCCAUGGGCCUCUUCCUCCAGAAGACAAACAUCAUCCGCGACUACCGUGAGGACGUAAAUCAAAAACGCUACUUCUGGCCACGCGAGAUCUGGGGCAACGAGAAGUAUGGCGCGGCGGUCGGCAAGCCCGCGUUCAAGGAAAUGAAGGAGAUGUACAUGCCCGGCAACGAGAAGCAGGCUGAGUACGUUCAGAGCGCGAUGGUACUCAAUGCCCUCUGUCAUGCGGCCGAUUCGCUCGACUACCUCCGCCUACUCAAAAACCAAAGCGUCUUCAACUUCUGCGCCAUACCCCAGACCAUGGCCAUCGCUACGCUGCAUCUGUGCUUCAAGAACCCGACUAUGUUCCAGCGCAACAUCAAGAUCCGCAAGGCUGAGGCCGCUCAUCUGAUCAUGCGCUCGAAAAACCCGCGUGACGUCGCAUACAUCUUCCGCGAAUACGCACAACGGAUCCACGCCAAGUGCACGCCCGACGAUCCGAGCUUCAUCAAGAUAGCUGCCGCCUGCGGACGCAUCGAGAAGUGGUGCGAGGACCAGUACCCGUCGUUCGUGCAGAUGUCGCAGGCGGGCAAGAGCCAGACUUUCGACCAGUCGGACGCGCGCUCGCCCGUCGCGCGUGCCCUCGACGAGCGCCAGCGCACGGCCUGGCUCGAGAAGCGCCGGGAGGAGCUCCUCGCGACGACCAAGGACGUCGUUGACGCCGCCAGGACGCAGAGACAGCAGGAGGCGUCAACCGGUGAGACGCUCAAGUAUGUCGCCAUGGCGUUCGGCAUCGUCGUUGUCGUGUCGCUCGGUUCGGUGUACGGCAUCAUGUGGGCUAUCGACAACCUCUAAUAAUAUGUGUCGGAUAUUUUUGC